AUGAACGGUGGAAACUGUAGCUUGAUUACAAAGCUUCCAGUAUUUGAUGGAAAGAAUUGGAAUCGAUUGAUGAUUCAGAUGCGUGUGUUGUUUGGUGCUCAAGAUGUUCUUGAUCUCGUAAAUGACGGUUAUACAACAGUUACAAUAGAUGCAACUGAAGCACAAAGGAACACAUAUAGAGAGUUGAGGAAGAAAAAUAAGAAAGCUUUAUCUGAUGAAUCAGUGAAGAAGGUGAAGUUAAAGUCUCUGCGUAAGCAGUAUGAGAAUUUCAACAUGAAGAACAGUGGAAAGAUACCAAAUUACAUCUCUAGAGUGGUUCUGAUCAUAAAUGAGAUGAAAUCUUGUGGAAAGACUCUUUCUGGACAAGUAAUCAUUGAGAAGGUAUUGAUAUCUCUUACUCCUUAUUUUGAUUACAUUGUUGUAGUAAUUGGACAUUCUAAGGAUCUGAGCUCCAUGAGAAUUAAAGAGCUGCAAAGCAGUCUAGAGGCACAAGAGUUGUGUCUGACUGAGAGAACCUUUGAAAGAGAGGUAGAGCAGUCUCUGAAAGCGUCUUCUGGUAAGAAGAAUCAGAAGCAGUCUUGGUCAGAGGCCAAGAAGAGACAUGGUGGUUAUCAAAAGUCCGAAACCUCCAACUAUGAUGAGAAGAAACAUCAGAAGGGAGAGGAGAAGUUUGACAAGAAGAAGGAAUGGGAAAUGACAAGGUCAAAGCGAAGAAUGAAAAACGGUUCUGAUCAAAGAUGUUUGGUACGUUUCUGGAAUGAAGAGCAAUCUGAUGAGUGUGGGUUAUCUAAUUCAGAAAGGUUUCUUAAUUACUAUGAAGGACAAUCUCUUGAAGUUGUAUGA